AAACAAAAAAACACCUUAAUUGGUAGGAGCAAAAGCCAAACCUCAAACGACAAGGAAAAUAACCAUGUUUAUGUAUAGGUCAACCUCAAAGCUCAUCUGAAGAUGAUUGGGAUUGGCAUUGGGAUUGGAUUGUUGGGGACAGCCACGUCCUCGCAUGCUUCCACAAUUGGAAUCCGAAACCCAAACGCCCAUAUUUAACCGCAUCCAAUCCUUCUGUAAAUUCUUUGUGCGUAAAUCUAAUCACAAUCAUAAGUCCUUUCCACCCUUUUGGAACUGUGUACAUCACCAACUUCUUGCGAGGGAUCCACACUCAAGAUUCUAUUAUUUAUUACAAAACACUCUCGUUCUCCCAUCCCUCUCUUUCUUGCAAGAGUUUUAAUCAAAGAUUGAGGCGAUCUUGGAGGAACCCUUUUGCUAAUUGCUCAUCCCGGAUCGCCUAAAGCCCAAGUCUUUGGUUAAAAGUGAGUUAACCAUGGUUGGGAAGAAAGUUAUAGCAAUCUGUCAGUCAGGUGGGGAAUUUGAGACCAAUGAAGAUGGUAUACUUUCUUACAGUGGUGGUGAUGCUCAUGCUAUGGAAAUUGAUGAGAAAAUGAAGUUUAAGAAUUUUAAGUUGGAGGUAGCAGAGAUGUUCAAUUGCAAUGUUGAUACCAUGGCCAUCAAGUAUUUCCUUCCUGGGAAUAAGAAGACUCUUAUCAGCAUCUCCAAUGACAAAGACCUCAAACUCAUGAUCAAGUUCCACGAUGACUCUGAGACCGCCGAGAUAUAUGUUAUGAGUGAAAAAGUUGCUGCCCCUGAUGUAUCCCACAUGCCAGGCAGUAGGUCGAGUAGGACAACGUUAUCAGAGGGUGAGGUUCCUGUUGAUGCUUCUGCAACUAUAGUGAAUGAUGUUUUGGACGACAUAAACAAGCCUGUUCUUCUGCUUGAUGCCAACUUUGAUGUGGUUGGUGAUACUAACCAUGAUGAGCCCCAAACCGACAUACCAAGUGAAAUGCCUUUACCUGACGAAAUGCCUUUGCCAAUGUCUUUCGCUGGCUCCUAUGAUGAAAAGCAUGCUAAAGCUGCACAGCAGUGGCAGAACAAUAUUACUGGUGUGGGCCAAAGGUUCAACAGUGUUCAUGAAUUUCGUGAGGAGUUGCGAAAAUAUGCGAUUGCGCAUCAGUUUGCUUUUAAGUACAAGAAGAAUGAUAGUCAUCGUGUGACUGUAAAAUGCAAAGCAGAGGGUUGUCCAUGGAGGAUUCACGCAUCAAGAUUGUCGACCACCCCACUCAUUUGUAUUAAGAAAAUGAAUCCAACACAUACCUGUGAAGGUUCUGUGGUAACAACUGGUUAUCAAGCCACAAGAAGUUGGGUUGCUAGCAUCAUCAAGGAGAAACUUAAAGUUUUCCCAAACUAUAAGCCCAAGGACAUUGUUAACGACAUCAAACAGGAAUAUGGAGUCCAACUAAACUACUUUCAGGCAUGGAGGGGCAAAGAAAUUGCAAAGGAACAGCUUCAGGGUUCCUAUAAAGAGGCAUAUAGUCAGUUACCAUUUUUCUGUGAGAAGAUAAUGGAAACAAAUCCAGGAAGUCUAGCCGCUUUCUCCACUAAAGAAGACUCAAGUUUUCAUCGCCUAUUUGUUUCCUUUCAUGCUUCUUUGUAUGGCUUUGAACAAGGCUGCCGCCCUUUGCUUUUCCUAGAUAGCAUAUUUUUGAAGUCAAAAUACCAAGGCUCUCUGUUGGCAGCUACUGCUGCUGAUGGGGAUGAUGGAUUUUUCCCUGUUGCUUUUGCUAUUGUAGACGUCGAAUCUGAGGACAACUGGCGUUGGUUUUUGCAACAACUCAAAGCUGCAUUAUCAACGUGUCGUGGAUUAACUUUUGUGGCGGAUAGAGAGAAAGGAUUGAGAGAAUCAAUUGCUGAAGUUUUUCAGGAUGACAAUGUAUAUCAUGGCUUCUGUCUGCGCUAUCUGUCGGAGGAACUGCUUAGAGAUGUGAAGGGGCAAUUUUCUCAUGAAGUAAAGCGCCUUAUGGUUGAGGAUUUAUACAGUGCAGCCCAUGCCCCUGCACCAGAAGGCUUUCAGAGGUGUGUGGAAAGCAUAAAAAGUAUUUCUGUGGAAGCAUACAAUUGGAUCAUGCAAAGUGAGCCUGUUCACUGGGCAAAUGCAUUCUUCCAAGGAGCAAGAUAUUACCACAUGACGUCCAACUUCGGGGAGCUGUUUUAUAGUUGGGUAUCGGAUGCACACGAAUUGCCAAUAACCCAGAUGGUUGAUGCGAUAAGUAGCAAGAUUAUGGAAUUGAUUUAUUCCCGGCGGACCGAAUCAAUCGAAUGGUUAAGAAGGUUGACUCCGUCAAUGGAGGAAAAGCUAGAGAAAGAAAGCCUCAAAGUCAGGACUCUUCAGGUAUUAAUAUCUGGUGGGAACAGAUUUGAGGUCCGUGGAGAUACUAUAGAAGCUGUUGAUGUUGAUAGUUGUGAUUGUACUUGUAAGGUUUGGCAGCUGACGGGGUUGCCUUGCUGUCAUGCAAUUGCAGUCAUUAGUUGUCUUGGCCGUGAUCCAUAUGAUUAUUGUUCCAGAUACUUCACUACUGACAGCUAUAGAAUAACAUAUUCAGAGUCAGUACAUCCUAUUUCAAAUAUAGAUGCUCCUUGGCAGAAGGGAAGUUCUAAGUUGCCAGUGACUGUAACCCCACCUCCAACUCGUCGCCCACCUGGCCGGCCUACCACUAAGAGAGUUAGUUCACAUGAUGCAGGGAGACGUCAACUGCAAUGCAGUAGGUGCAAGGGUACUGGGCAUAACAAGUCGACUUGUAAAGAAUUUUUGUUGGAGUGCUAAGCUAUGUUCUUCGGGAAGAAAAAUGAUGUUGAUAACAUAACUGAUUACCAGGACAGACAGCUGUAACGUAUAAAUUGACAUUUUCAUUGGGCUCAUGUACAUGUUUAACUGCCAUUUUCGAGCUUUUCUGAUUGGAUAGUAACAGAAGUAGAACCUGUGAUCGUACUUGUCGCUGCUGACGAACUCUGCUCAUCAGCAACUGAAUGAACUUUCCCCCUGACAGUUUCUCACCGGUGUCGUCUCAUAUAUGAACCUUCAGUUAAAGACAAAGGGACCCUUUGCAGGUGGAAUAGUUUUCUUGUUCUUCAGCUUACAAGAGGUAAAAUAUUGGAAGAGUUGGUCGACUCGUUUCCUUCGGCAACUUUUCGAACAAAACGAGGCUGGUGUUGUAGAAAAUUGAUAGAUGGGAAAGGAUUACCGACACGACUGGAGAAUUAUUCAUCUGAAGUACUCUGGUUUUAGUUUUCUCUUUGUAAUGAGAUUUGGAGGUUGUAAUUUAAGGUAGUGAGGAUGCCAUUUCUUCAUCUUCUUGGUAAUUAUUAGACUAGUCGGGAUAAACCUGUAAUAUGGGUACCUCAAUUAAGGCUCCUAACCAUAACGGAGUAUCCCUCUCGUCAAAUUUUUUUGAGAUACUCUCCAA